GUAAAUUUCUGGAAUUCGCGGAACCAACUUUUUGUGUACACGGGAAAAUUUCUUCUUCACUGACUCAAGAAGGAUCACAACAAAGACACGAUUGAAUCAAAGAAUCACUCAGCAAACGUUCAUUGUGUAAACACAUCAACCAUUUGAAAAUUCACAUUCACCCCCACAGCUUGUUAUUGUUGAAUUUGGAGGUCUUUUUUGGCUCUCAGGGCAGAAGAAAUUCCAAUAUUGUUGCUGUCUUGUUCAUAUAAAAGUUGAAGUAACAAGAUCGUUGCACCUUUUGUUCAAUUGAAGGAUCACAAAUUGAAUAAUCAAAGUAUUUGUGCUUUUUAUUUGUUCUGUGGUUUGAUUUUAAACUUACACUCAAGAUGUCAAAUCCAGAUAUUAUUACACAAGUUUCUCAAGAUGCUGGCCCAAUGAGGCCAGAGGCAACUACUCAAAUGGAUGAAGAUGCUGAUUUAAACUCUAUCAUUAAACUAAAUAUCAGAGGGAAAAUGUUUCAUAUCACAAGAGAUGAGCUUAUGAGCUUGCCAGAGAGUAUACUAUUAUGCUUGUUUCCAAAUGGUGUAUUUGUUGAUGUUGAUGGUAACGUUAUCACAAACCUAACAGAAGAUGAUAUUGUUUAUGUUAAUUUUUCACCUGAAUGUUUUCAAUAUAUAGUUGAUAGUUUCGGUGCUGCUGCUCAAAGAUUACCACCUUCUAGUCAACCUGAAAUAUAUGACAGUUACACAACACCGGAUAUAGAGGUGCUGAAUGAGAAACCAUCAAUCAUCGUGCUAAGGGAAGAUCUGGACUAUUAUGUUAUUCCACCAAGAAAGGGUAUUAGUCCACAGGGUGUUAGAGCUAUCAAAUCAGCUGCAGGCAGCUAUUUGGUUAGUCGUAAUAAAGUUUUUGAAGGUUUAGGUUAUGCUCCAGGAAAAAAAUUAGGCCCAGCUGAAGAGCAUUUACUAGAAAUGUUAUGCUCCUCAGGUUUCAACGUGGAAAGUGAUUGGGGACAUAGAUGUUCGGAACCUGGAAAGACAGUUUUAACUUCAUUGGCACUAGUGGAUUUAGUCCAUCCUGAACAACAGCAAGAACCAGAGUCACCAUCAUUAAAUCCAGUGUCUUCAAAUAACACCAAAGUCUCAAGAAGAUCACGUAUUGUUGAACUGGCAGGUAAUGCAGCAAGAUCAGCAUCACGUUCAGUUUCCAGAAACAGAUCAAGUUCAAGAACAAAAAGUGCAGGCACUUCAUCGAAAUUACUUCUGUUCUGGAGAAAACCUGCUCGUAAGUGCUGGUGGUCUGAUGAUGAAGUUGAAUUGAAGAUUCCAGGUUUAUUGCACACUGAUGGGUUAUCUGAUGCUAGUAUUCGUUUGCAUAUACGACGUGUUUGGACUCUUGAACUUUCAGUUAUAGGGGUCCAUUAAAAGAAUUUACAAAUCACUUCAUUCCAAAAGAACAAUAACUCAUUAAUUCAUGAAUUUAAUAGGAU